AUGGAGUAUGGCGUUUAUGUUCAGCAUACAUCUAAUAACAAUAUGAUUUUGGUGUACUUCUAUGUUGAUAAUAUAUUGCUAACAGAAAGUUGUUCAAAUGAGAUGGUUAAGUUCAAGAAGAUGUUGAUGAAUGAGUUUGAGAUGACUAAUCUAAGAAAUAUGACAUAUUUUUUAAGGAUGGAGAUUAUGUAUUCUAAGAAGGUAGUCUUGCAUCAGAUGAAGUAUGAACUUGAAUUUCUGAAGAGAUUUGAGUUAAUGAAUUAUAAGUCUGCAAUUACACCCACUGAAACAAAUCACAAGCUUGAUUCUGAUGUUGAGGGUGAUGAAGUAGAUGCUAUAACUUUUAAACAGUUGGUAGGCUCAUUGGGAUAUCUCUGCAAUACCAGACCAGAUACUUAUUAUGUAGUUGGAAUGAUGAGUAGGUUUAUGAACAAACCAAAAUGCUUUGUCUGCCUGUCAAGAUAUGUGGAUUCUGAACUUGCUGUAGGAUCUGAAGAUCAAGGUGAGCAAGCUGUGAAGUUAAUGAUUGACAAUAAAUCAGUUAUAAGUCUUGCCAAGAAUUCAGUGAUGCAUGAAAGAAGGAAGCAUAUUGAUACUAAGUUCCAUUUUCUAAGAAACUAG